AUGACUAAAUAUAUCUCCAACCCUGAAAACCUGAAGCUCAUGAUGGAACUGCUAAGGGAGAAAGGCCGAAGUAUUCAGUUCGAGGCGUUCCAUGUUUUUAAGAUCUUUCUGGCCAACCCGGAUUUACCGAGCGAGUUAGGUGAUAUAUUGCUCAGAAAUCCAGAAGACUUGGCAGAUUACUUACAAACGUUCUUCCAAGGCAGCGCCGGUGACCUCUGGCCCUUGGAACAGUUAGAGCUCUGUGUGGAUUUGAUUAGGCUUUUACCGGAUGAUUACAGUGAUACUCUGGAAAUUUGUGAACAAGACGUUAUGAAAGCUGUAAGCAAAAUUCUCAAAACACCUCCUCACAGGAUAGAUCAGAGGUAUAAACUUGCUGCGUUGGGAUUAGCUGAAGCAUUUACAACGAAAAGAGGACCUUUAUGGUUCGAAAACGACUGUCAGCUUCUGUGUCUGGUCGCAUAUCUUGCGUCAGCUGAACUAAGGAUAAUUUUAGAUAAUCCGGGUGAAAUUUCUUUCAACUCUUUGAUCAUUUGUGUGGAUCUUCUUGAGAUGGCUAUCAGAGCCGUAGAUGACGAAGACUUUAUAAACGAUGAGGAUUCCCUUCGUAUUUCUCGGGCAGUUCAAGAUGCUAGUGCCUUUAUCGUCUCACACUGGGUAGGAGCUCAAGAAAUAGAAACGGAGAAAGAGAAAAUAUCUCAAGAGGUAUCGGAACUGUUCUAUCGUUAUCUAUGCACGUUAUUCUCUUAUGGAGGAGAGAUAUUUCUUCAACCAGAAGAUAUAAAGAAAGUGACUCCUCUUCUUGUUCGAAUCUUUCACCAGUUUUGUGUAGAGAAGGAUAUAAUCAUGGCUUCUGCCCUAGUUAAAGUUCUGCAUGCUGUAAAAUACGAUGAGAAGACUGCUCUCCUUCUAUGUGAUUUUUUGUCAAUCACUGAUCCAUCUGAACCGGAUAACUCUGUUAUAAACGAAACUAUUAUAUCAAUAGCUAAUUUGUCAGUUCGUUGUGACUGGUAUGAUACUGAAACUCUGUCAAUAUUGAAGACUAGAGCACUACUGUUUACAACUGAGGAGAAACUUCACGAAGUGAUAAAACGAAUUUGA